AUGGGCACUGGGUGGGCUGUGUGCUUGCUCCUCUCCAUGGUGUUGCUGGCCGCCCAGGCUUUCCCCCAGACAAACAUAAAGAUCAGCCAAGCCAUGCCAGAGCCCGUCCACGCCUACUCCUGCCCUCUCUUCUGGACAGAGUACGAAGGCCACUGCUACCGGUACUUCCCCAUCAACAAAACCUGGGCUGAAGCUGACCUCUAUUGUGCUGAGUUCUCCAUUGGCAUCAGAUCAGCCAAGCUGGCCUCCAUCCACAGCUGGGAGGAAAACGUCUUUGUGUACGACCUGGUGAACAGCCGUGUACCGGGCAUCCCCACUGACAUCUGGAUGGGGCUCAAUGACCUGCGGCAGGAGGGUCACUUUGAGUGGACGGACGGCUCCUCCUAUGACUACCACUACUGGGAUGGCAGUCAGCCCGACGAUGGCAUCCACUCCAUCCCAGAGGAGGAGGACUGCGUGCAGAUCUGGUACCGGCACAGCAGUGCGCUGCGCUCCUGGAAUGACAACGCCUGCGGCAGAGCCUUCCCCUUUGUCUGCAAGAUCCCCUCGCUGGCCCUGGAAUGA